AUGAAAAAAUUUCACUUUUUUAUUCGGAAAUUUAACACAUAUAAUAUUCCUUCUAUUUCUAAUAAUACAAAAGUACACAAAACUUACAGAGAAGCAAAUAAAAAAAAUGAAGAGGAUUUACACAAAAUAUUUAAUAAAGAAUUAGUUGCAUAUCCUUAUGAUGAAGAUAGAUACAGAAAAUUAUUAAAUAUCGAAUUAAAUAAAGAAAAAAGAAAUUUACAUGAUUUUUUUUUUAAUUCAGACAUGUAUAUUAACGUAGAAAAUGACAAAAUAAAAAAUAUAUCUUCAUCUAAUUUUAAUAUUGAAAAUAUAGAUAAAUAUUUUAUAUUUGAAAAAGAAUAUUUGGACAAAUUUUUUUCUGAAGGAUUAGCGGGAGAAUUACAUAAAGACAUUUUAAUGCACAACAACGAUGAUGACAAUUUUGAAAUAUUUCUUAAUGAAUUAAAGAAAAACAAUUUAUGUGAUAAAAACAAAAUAAAAAAUUUCCAGAAAAUUAAAGGAAUAGGUUUAUUGUAUAGAAAGUUAACUUAUGAAAUUAUAAACGAACUAAAAUAUUGUGAAGAUGUUUAUAAAUUAAAGGAGCAAAGAGAUUCCUAUAAUUUAGACAAUUAUUUUUUACAAAAAAAUAACUUUUCUUCUUAUUAUGAUAAGGAAAUUAUAGAUGAAAACAAUUACGAAUUAAAUAAGGAAGUUCAAAAUAAUUGUUCUACUACUAAUGCUUUUAUUAAUAAUAUAAAUAGUUGCAAAAAUAACAAUAAAAUAUAUUCUUAUAAAAAUAGAAGUAUCUUAAUAGAUGGAAAAAGAGGAACGGGAAAAAGUUGCAUUUUAAAUAGUGUUAUUUUAUGGGCAAAGUUAAAUAACUGGCUUGUCAUAUUUAUACCAGAUAUAAAAAAAUAUAAAUUUGAUAUAAAUAAUAUUGUUCGUAGUAAUACAAAUUUGUAUAUUCAACCAGAAUUAAGUAGACAAUUUCUUGAAGAUAUAGUAAAAGUUAAUGAAAAAUUUUUAAAAGAAAUAAAAGUUAAUAAAGAAAUUUUACAUAAUACUUGUUUGGAUGGAACGCAUUUAUUAUACAACAAAAGAAUAUAUGAUGAUAUAAUUAAAAAAACGGUUGAUACAGAAAUAAAAACUGAUGAAAAUUAUAAUAAUUUAAAUGAAAAAGAAAAGAAUAUGUUUAGACAGAAAUUAUAUAAAUUUUACUAUGACAAUGUUAAAAUACCAAAUUUAUUAGAUAAAUUUUCUGUUCCUUCUAACUUACUAGAAUUAGCUCAUAUUGGCAUAAACAAUUCUGCAUAUUCAAAUUUAUGUAUUUAUGCUUUAUUUGAGCAUUUGAAAAAACAAACAAUAUUUCCUUUGUUAAUAGCAGUAGAUCAGUUUAAUUACAAUUUAAGUGUUUCUGAGUAUUUAUCUAUUAACUUUGAAAAUACCAAAUAUAAUGGAUAUAUACCUACAUAUUAUUUUACUAUACCAAAAUUAUUAAUUCAAUGGGAUACUUCUAAAUAUAAAAGAUGCUUUAAAAUUGUUGCUACAUGCUGGGAUAGAGAAAAUAGAAGAAAUUUUAGACCUGAAUUAUUAGGAAUACAAAAAAAGGAAGUCAAAACAGUUCGUAAUUUUACUUUAAGAGAGUUUAAAAAUUAUGUUAGUCAUUUAUAUAAUCAAAAUAUCAUUUAUAAUUUUGAUAUUAAUAAAUUGGAAUAUUUUUACAUGCUAACAGGAGGAAAUGGUUUUCAGGCACGAAAACUAUUGACAACCUUAUACUGA